ACAAAUAAUGCUGGAAAUGGUGCAAAGUGCAAACUAAAUAGAAAAAUGACUGUUUUAUGAAUGUAGUGCUUUGUUUUAAAUAUGUGCAUUAAUUGAUAGAAUGGCCGAGGCUUGCAGGCUCGGGAAUCCAAUAAAUAGGAAGACUGAAACUAACGACGAUGAAUACUUUUGUGUGUUCAAUGUUUUAUGUGUUUUCAUAUCACUUGUAACAAUACUUGCCGAUUUAACAACAGAUGUUUUAGUUUUUGCUGAAUACUGUAAAGAUGGUUAUUUGUAUUGGGCUUUAGCUACCUUUAUUUUUAUGUUGUCUCCUAACAUUUUAAUAAACAUUUUUUCAAUGCGGUGGUUUAUCUUAGAUAAUAAAUCUACUUUUAAACAUUGGAUAACUCAUGGGUGUCUUGUUGGAUUAUUAGAAAGGUAUAUAAUAUUUUUGAGAAAAGUAUUUACAUGUAAGAACUUAGAAUCUGUAAAAACACAAAAGUUAAUAAGUCAGAGAAAUGACUUGAGCUUAUUGCAUUAUUUGUAUAUUUUUAUUGGAACAAUACCACAAAUAAUUCUGCAAACAUAUGCUAUAUUGAUGUUAAAUGAAAACUAUCACACAAAAGUGUUUGCAUUAUCAGCAUCAAUAGCAUCCGUCGUAUGGGGCAGCGUAACAUAUAUUUACAGUAUUAUAACCAUAUCAAACGAAACAUUCCAGUGGAAUUCUUUGUUCCUGAAAAUAAUAUGGCACUUUGGCAUGUUGGCUGGUAGAAUUGCUGGUAUAUUACUUUUUUCUAUAGUUUUUGGUAUAUGGACAUUAUUGCCAUUGGGUUUGCACUGGGCCGCUAUGACAUUUUGGAUUGUAAUCCAAAAAACUACUUUUUGUCCUAACAAGCUAGAAGAAACGCUUUAUAAUGCUGUUAUGGGAUUUGUUUACUGCUUUUCUUUCAUAAAUUUACGUGAAGGUCAGACACGAUAUCGUCUUAUGAUGUUUUAUACAUUAAUGGUCACGCAAAACUUCGGUAGUUUAUUCCUGUACGUUUUAAUAGUAGAUGCCGAAAAACAAAGAAAACCAUGGUCUAUUGCUGCUACAGUCUGUAUAAUAGCUGGUACUAUCUUUGGUAUGAUUGCAAUGGUGUUAUACUACAGAUACUUUCAUUCCAAAGGACCAAUUACUUGGAAAUAUGCUGAAGCAGAUAUUGAAUUAAACAACAAAGUUGUUUCCAACUCUUCUGGUAUUAAUACUAAUAAGACCAAUUCCUUGAAUCAUGUUAGGUCUUUUAAAAGUCAGAAUAAAGAAAAAACUACUGAAGCUCUUGGGUAAUUAUUAUAAAAUGUAUGUAUCUAUUUCUUAAGUGUAGUUUAUUAAUGUUCUAAUAUUAUUUUCUAGAAAAGAUUCUCCUGUAUCAGAACAAGUGACCCAAGUUGAGAGUGAGCAAGCUGAUAAAAAAUUUUUGCUAGACCACUGGAUUGCCAGAUCUGGAACACCGACAUUUACAUCUGCACCUGUUGGAAAUAGUGCUGAUGCAUGUAGUAUACAUCUUUAUGCAGUAGAAAACACGCUACAUUCUGCUACAAAGCGCGAUAAUUCUAACAGUGAGAUAAUUAAUUCAAAAGCGAAUAAAAAGAAAAUAGGACCUCCUACUGAUCAUUCUUUAACAGUACCUUCUGAAUAUAUAGAAAAUUCCAUCGACGAGAUUACGUCUAUUUUCUUUACUUUAAAUUUGCAAAAACGUAGGGGAAUCUGUUCCUCAGAUGAACUUAGAAAUGAGUUGAGUAAUUUAAAUUUAGAAGCGUGUAAUAUUGUUAAUGAAGAAUUUGCGAAAGCAAUAAAAACUGAUCAUAGUUCCGUUAUUAGUCAUGAUACCGAUGGAUCUAACAAAAAAACAUCCUCAGACUCUAUUGAUAUGGACUUGGACUUAAGUUUUAGUGAUAUAAACAGUUCUGACAUUAAUACUUUUAAUGAAAAUAUUGUACAAAAGUUGUGUUUAAGCGCGUUGAAAAACAUCAAAGUAGGAAAUCAAGAUGCAGACAUAGAGAAUAUUCAAAGAAUAGCUCUUGAUAUACUCAAGGAAAUGUAUGCAAAAAAAGAUAAGAAAAAGAACGGUGUUAGUGCCGAUAUACUCACUGCUGCUAAACCACGCGAUUUAGAUACUCCUACUGAAGUUUUGUCAGUGCAUGAUUAUGAAAACAUAUGUGCUGUAAAUAUUGCUAGAGAAGCUUGGGGACUUCGAUCUUGGAACGGAUAUUGUGAUAUUGAGAAUUGGCUUCAUGACGGCAGUGUUGUAAGAGACCGGAGCCGAGAUACCCUUACAUCUGGAAGUUCAGAAAUUAGUAGUUGUAUCUCCCAAGAAUUAAAAAACGCAAUACUAUCUGCACCACCAUUUCCUAAAAAAACACAUACAUAUUCUAACGUGUUUGUUAAGUUUGAUAGGAGUUCACAAGAAGAUUAUGCUAAUUCUGCCGUUUGCCAAUCUAACGACGAAACUUUCUUAGCAAAACCAUGUAUAAUAGAAAAUGGUAAGGACCCAAAUCACCUAGAACCCAUCCUAGAGGAACUCGAUGAUUUAGGUGACAUAGAUCCAGCUUGUAAUAAAAGACUUAAUUCUGAAAGUUCUCUUGUAGCCACCAUAGAUGAAAUCCGCAAAUCAACUGUGUCUAGUUCCCCAAGGAACCUGUAUCACAGAAGGGAAAAACUUUUAGAUUUGCCACAGUUUCAUUCUUCUUCCAAAAUUGAAAAUAAUUUGAAGAAAGCACUUUGGAAAGAGCCUUCAAAAUUUAACUCUAGCAAUACAAUGGAGGCGUUACCUGAAAAAGAAAAUAUUUUAGACAUCUUCAAUGGAUCUAAAUUUGAUACAAAUAAAAAAGAACUUAAUCUGUUGCCGUCGUCGUCGUCGCUAAGUUCGCAACUGUACAAUAAAAGUUCAGCCCGUCGGCAAAAGUCUAAUUUAACUAAAUCUAAAUCUCAUACUAGGAAUAUUAAUAGUAAACCUGAGCAACAAGAUUUACCAAAUAAAAAUAUUGACUUCUUAUGGCAAAUGGUUUCAGAAAGUUCUGUCCCACCUAGCUCAAGUGAAGAUUUAACUUUAAGUCGAAAAACGCCUUCACUUCAAUCUCUCAUACAGAAGGAUGCAUCUACUUCGUUUAUGAAUACAUCCACAAGCAAAAUUUCGAAUAUUAAAAGAAGUGUACGAAAUAAACCAAGAAGAAAAUUUUCUCUUCUUAGAGAACGAUUUGAACCUAGGAUAAACUUACAUUCAGAUGAAGAAAAUCUAUGCAAUCAUUCGGAGAAUAUGUUAAACCUGCCUGAUAAUCGUGUAUCAAAAAAUAAGUUUGAUGUUACGAAUAAAAUUGUGGAUGAUUUGAUAUCCCAAAAACAUCAAAAAAUUAAUUCCACUGACAUGAAAUCCAUAUCUAGUUCAAUUAUUUCAGAUUUACCUUCAAAACAUUUAAAAGAAAAGAGAUAUCUGUUUACGAAACAAGUGUUGAGUCCACCAAAGUUUAACACAAAACUAAAACAUAAAGUGUAGCUCAAAUAUUAAUUUAAUUGUAUUUGUAAAAUAAUAUUAUGUAUAAAGUUCCAUUUUUUGCCAUUAGAAAUAAAAUAGGUAGAUAAAUAGGUAUAUUUUUGUAAGCCAAAAUUUCGCCAAACUGUUCCUGAAUUACUCACUUUAUGUAGUAUGAAUUUUAUAUAAAUGAUUAUAUGAUGACGUUUUCGUCACCGAUUUUUGUGAAACUAGUAUGGGCUUAAGGUUUAAGACACUGUAUUAUUUACAUGUUCCUAGUGUGUAUUUGCUAUUUGUUCGCUAGUACUUAAUUUAACGAAAAGUAUGAAGUCAUAAUAACAUGGAUCUCAAAAGAGUGUAGUCAUUGUUGUACUACCAGUUUAUAUUUUUUUACAAACAACGGAUAGGUCAAAAAUGUAUGUGACAAUUUCUGAAGAAACACUAUAUUAUAUGUAACAAUAUCCAUUUUAAUACAUUUUUCUUCUUUUAAUGUUUCACAAAGAAUUUGUAUAACUUUACUGAAAGUAAACUGGGUGAUAUGACUAGUCGUAAAACAUUUAAAGGGGCUAAAAAGCACUAUAAAGAGGUUCAGAAUCUUUUGGCCACUUUGGGCCAGAAAAUGGAAAAUGAAUAAAUUUCGUCAGAAAUAAGAUUUAAUUACUGUGAUGUAAGUGCCUUUCUAUAAAAUAUUCCCAUGCCAGUAUUGUAAUUUUAGCUUUGCCGUUUUGUUUAAGUAUACAACAUAUAAAAUAAAAGAUCUGUAAUCGG